UUCGCAGCUGCCUGCAGCCUCCUGCCCGAGGUGUCGGCACGCGACGUCGGACCUCCUCCUCCUGCUGCUGCUGCACUCCACACGAGGACAUUGUUGAGUGUGUGAGCUCACAACGACGGAGAAAAUCACUCAAGACCCCCUCCCCAAGACGUCGACGCAGCGUUGCGCCGGUGAGCCCUGCGGGAGCUGUUCUCGCUGCAUCACAACCCUCAACAGCAACAGCAACGACGACAAGAAGCCGCAGCGAUCUGCCAUGGAGCGAGCCGGCGGCGGUGGCGGCGGCGGCCGCGGCGGCGUCAGCGGAGGCGGCAGGAGGGCGGAGGACCGGCUCGCACGGCCGUCCGCGGGCCUCGGGGGCCGCUCCAGGCCGUCCGCGGGAGCCCCCCCGCAGAGCGGCGGCGGAGAGCGCCCCGGAGCGCGAGCUGGGGGGGGGGGGGCGGCGAGGGGGAGAGGGGCGGAGGGCGCCGGGAGAGCGAGAGCGGUGGACACGGGGCGUCACUCGUGGGACUCGCGAGAGCGAACGGGCGCCGCUUAAACCGAGAAGGGGCAUUCAAGGGCACGUGGGAGUUGGCGUCUCUGUCACGUGGUACGCGUCACUCGGUGUCUGCAACGUGACGAGUUUCUUCCGCUGCUGGAACUUCCCUUGGCUCGCCCGUCCAAGCUUCAAUCUGACGUCGGGACGUUUCCAACAACAACAACAACACAAACACUCGGCGAGUCGGCGAGGGAGACG